AUGUACGCCUACGCAUCCUUCCUUCUGCUCCUGUUCCUGCAAUGGACCAAUCUUGCUGCAGCAGCUCCGCCUAACGAGAAGGUUACGUUCAAUCUUCCCGCCAAACCUUCUCCCCCGCUUCCAACGGAUAAGGACUCCACGCCACAUUCCGAACAUGCUCCGAUACGUAGCGACCCAUAUGCUUGGCUCGUUGUUCCCCAGACCAUGGAUAUGAUCCAUAACCAAGGAGGUGUUCUACCUGAGGGCAAAAAGGAGACAAGCAUGUAUCAACAUAUGCUUGGAAAUAAAAAUAGCGUCUAUGUUACGGCUUAUCAUACGAUCCGUGAUGCUCGAAUGGCAUAUGCUAGCAUUGCAGGAACCAAGGCCGCUGGAACCCUGCUCUGCAUCCACAAAGCGGAAAAUGCUAUUGAACUGACAGGUUCGAUUCCUCAAACUGAAAACUUUAACCUACAGGGGCUAGUUAUGCUCGGAGGCGUCUGGGACGCCCAGAUUAAGAAGUUUGCCAAAUUACGGAGUGGAGAUACUCGUAAAGAUGAGAAGAUCAAUUUUGUCGAUAAUAACAACUACGACGUACAAUAUCAGCAUCACCACUCCAGUAACGCGCGUCCCCGCCUAGCCGGUCUUCCGCUAGACCAUCCGGCAUUAGGCACCCAAUCGCGGUUUUCUAGCGAACUAGAGUGCGACAAAGAGGCUCAUGCGUAUAUGGAUACGAUUGCAGAAGCUGUCGGAUGGCGGAAAGAGUGGCCGUUAGUUCUAGCACCUGCAGAUGCUACUAUUGCGACUGAUGUAAUCGAUGAUGCCCGACGUGUUAUCGAUGAUUUCGCUAGAAAGGAAGCAGUAGAGGCUGAAAGAGCAGGCGACUUGGCAGCAAUGCAAAGAUCGUUAACAAAGGCUCGGAAUGGAUUAUCAUUCAUCAAGGUAUAUACAGCCAAGAUUGGCCAUAUUAUCCGAUAUUCUGGCUCUCUCCCUCAUUCUACAUUUAACCAGCCUUGGAGGACAUAUUUCCACUACUCGAAUGUGGUCGCUGCUCUCCAAGCAAAAGCUUUCUUAAUUGAGGCUACCCAACUCAACCGGAAGGUUCAAACCCAUUGCAGAAAUACAGCAGCAAGCGUUCCAUUGGAUGAUAAACUUAUAAAAGAGUUAAAGGAGGCUACUAAUGCAAUGGAAGAUAUAGCAAAAAGGUUGCGAAUAACGCUAAAAGCAAAUGAAAACCGACAAUCAGAAAUUAGAAUCGCAAAGAACAGGGGGGAAAAAUCGGCCGAGUUUGAGGCGAUAAAGCCCGAAAUAUGGCUAGGAAUACGACAGGAGAGGAAAUUGGAAGCAAUGGAACGGGAUCUACACUUACUUGACGAAUUAAUAAUUCUCCAAACGCCCUACUAUAAGGACCUCCUUGAAAUGAUAGAUUCUGCCAAGAACUCACUCUUGGGACUAGAGGCAAAGAACCAGGAAAGGGCAAAAAUGGAGCAGAAAACGAAACAGAUAACAGAAAGCAAGGAAAAAGAAGCAGACCAGGAAAUAGACCAGGUACUAGAGGAUAUUUCGGAGGAAGAAAAGAAAAAGACUGCCGCAAUAGAGGAGGCACGGAAGAUCCAGAACAACCCAAACCGCAACAAAUGGGAAGAGGAGGCACUUUCAACUGUGGCAGAUUGGAUAUAUGAUAACUGGCAUAAUGCCGAUACAGCGGUCGCUGUAGCGGGCACAGGAAUAGCAGCUGCCGCUGUUGGUGGUAAGGUUGCUAUUGCUGGUGGCCUUGGAAGCAAAGCAGCCAACAAUAUUCAAACCGUGGAUAAUGCAGCGUCGGGCACUACAGCCAAGGCCAACGCCGAGGACACAAGCCAGGUAGCUGCAAAUUCCCAGAAAGUCGAUACUGGUAAAGUAGAGCGCGUCCUCAACCGUCAGGCCUCCAGUGGCUUGGUGAAUCAGGCGUUCGAGGAGGCGACCGAAGAAGCCAAGCGCGUUUGCAGCGUACUCAUCGAGCAACUAGAAAAACUACCAGUAGCAAGUGGAAACUUAGGGUCGCAGACGGUAGGUGAAAGUUUGGCUCAGCCGGCAUCUGGUGAAGCAGCAGGCGUGCUGCAGGGUGUCAAGUAUCAAUCAACUCGCGUGAAAACUGAAGUGUUGGCAGAGAAGCGUCGACGUAGCAUCGGCAGGCGGGACAAUGGUCACCUCGACAAUCAAGAGCUGCAAAAGUUGGUUGAUCAAAUUUCGGCUUCUGUGGCCACACGAGCCGUAAUAAAGGCCAUGUUGACCGGCAUGCAGCAUGCUUUGGAGCUAAUGGCACCUACUGUUAAAACUACUAUCUAG